AUGUGCUGGUGUGUGGUGGUGGCCCGCACCUCUCCCGAUCCCAGUGAUGAGGAUCAGGACUGCACCUGCCCUCACUGCGACCGUACCUUCACAUCACGCAUCGGCCUGGUCGGUCACUUGCGAAUCCAUCGCACAGAGACUGGCGAACUAGUGCCUGGAGCACCAACCUACACCCACCGCACUCGCCUCCACUGCCCACAAUGCCCUCGCACCUUCACGCAUCGCAUGGGUCUAUUCGGCCACAUGCGCAUCCACGAGAGCGGAAUUGACCGCAGCCUUGACACACCCACCCCGCCGAGCCCCACUCCCAAUGCACCACCUCGUGCACCCACUAACCACUCCCCAGCCGACAUCGACGCCACCGACCUUACCACCCCUCACUCCUCCCCUUCGUCCUCCUCUUCCUCCUUCACUGCCACAACGACGGCCGCUUCGGCGUCUGUCUCCCACGACCUCACCACAGCCGAACCUGACACAAUUACAGGCACAAGCCCUGCAACCUCCAUCAUCAGACGUGAGGGCCAGGACUACAUCUGCCCUCACUGCGAUCGCACCUUCACUUCACGCAUCGGCCUGGUCGGUCACUUGCGAAUCCAUCGCACAGAGACCGGUGAACCAGUGCCUGGAGCACCAACCUACACUCACCGCACUCGCCUCCACUGCCCACACUGCCCUCGCACCUUCACGCAUCGCAUGGGUCUAUUCGGCCACAUGCGCAUCCACGAGAGCGGAAUUGACCUCAAUUCCGAUACAGCCACGACAUCCAACACGCCCAGACCCAUCCUCGCUCCACCGUCACACGCGCCGACCACCGCCACCAACACCACUGUUUCCUCUACAGCUGACACCGACACCGCCGACCUCUCAUGCCCACAUUGUCCACGCACAUUCACCUCACGCAUCGGCCUGGUCGGUCACUUGCGAAUGCAUCGCACAGAGACUGGCGAACCAGUGCCUGGAGCACCAACCUACACCCAUCGCACUCGCCUCCACUGCCCACACUGCCCUCGCACCUUCACGCAUCGCAUGGGUCUAUUCAGCCACAUGCGCAUCCACGACGACCUGCGGUAG